AUGCAGAUUUUGCAAAAGGCAAAGAUGCUGCAAGGCGGCUUUUGGCAGGGUAGAUUUGGAUAUCCAACAAUCGCCAGCAUCAUGCAACAUCCGGACCAGCCCACCACCGGCGACGUCCCGUCGGAUGCCGCCCCAAGCCGUACCGAGUCCAUCGGGUUCUCCGUGUUUGGGCUAAGCGGCAGAUGGCCGGGACCGCCAACACUCAACGACGGCACUGAAGCCGCCGCGGAGAAAAUGAAGGGCCGUCGGGGCUCGCGGGGCCACAUGAGCAUGGAACAUAAAGCCUUGAUCCUCAGGCUUCGAGACCAGAUCUCGAGGCUCCAAGACCAGAACUUGAAGCUCAGCAACAGAGUGCAGGCUCUCGAACAGGGGCAGGACUUCCGGUCCUUCUACACCGUGACCGGCACCCCGCACGACAAGAUGCAGAAGCGUCUCACCCGGGUGCGGGCCGAGAUCCAGGGCUGGAGCCGCAUGGCGCACAAGGACCUCGUCGCCCGCAACGCCACCGUCUCGCUCCUAGGCGCCCUCGAGGCCCAGCUGCCCGGCUUUGCCGCGGCAAGACGGCACGUCUGCCACCCCGACGCGACGCCGCAGACACUGCAGGACGCCAACGUCGCCCUCGCCGACGUCUUCGCCGCCAUUGCGUCGGGCAUCGUCGUCGAGCACGCCGUCGUGAACCCGCUGGCCAUGCGCACCGACACGUUCCGCCGCGCCGUUGACUCCGACGUCUACAGGGCCAUGUCCAGCCACACUUCGACUACAGACUCCAUCCUGUCGGCCAUCUCGCAGACCCUGAAGCCGGCAUUCGACAUACUCGGUCUGGACCUCGACGACGCGCGAAUGCAGCGAAAGCUCCGCGACGCAGUCAGGGAAGCGGCCGCGAUCGGAAAAGAGUUCGGCGAGCUGCAGUCGGGGCUGGUGCUGAUGGACCAGACCUGGCUCCGGCGGCACGCCUCCCUCUUGGACGACACAGGGUGCAUUUCGCCUUCGGACAUGGGGUCGCGGAUCGAGUUCAAGUUCGACCCUGUCGAAGAGGGCAAGAAGCUAGUGCGGGCCAAGGCCGCCGUGGUGCUGUUCCCCGGGCUGCUCAAGUACGGCACCGACGGCGGCGACAAUUGGGACACGUGGACCGUGUGGAUUCCUGCCCGGGUCCAGCUCACCGACGUGGAGACUGAGCAGCUCCCCGUCGCCAUCACGCAGCCGUCGCCGCCACAAUCCGUCAAACCUAGUAUUCCUCGUGGCAAUAGUGAGGAGAUGAAGUGGACAGCGGUGACGACGACUGCCAGCAACAGACCAGGGCCAAAUCUCCCAGUGAACCCGACCCCUUAUCCAGUCCCACGACCUCAGCCAAUUCCAGAGGACGAGCACACCCAUCCGGGCCCGAAUCCAAACGAGGGUACGGCAAAGUGUGAUACGAGCAAACAAUUCCCUCUGCAGCCGGGCCCGGCCCACGUGGUCAGCAGCAACAGACAUAGUUUCAUCCCUCCUCCAUUCUUCCACGGCGCUCACAUGGCUGGGGAAAUGGCAAGCUUGUCCUUGGACCCGGCUCGGCCGUUUGGUUCGCAGCAGAGACAGCGGAUACCGCAUUUUAGUACAGACGCCGACGCCGAAGCUAAUGACCAUAGUGUUGAGUGA